AAAAGAGCGCCCGGAAGGGGCCGGGCCGCUGUGCCCCGCUCCCGCCGACCAGCAGCUCCUCCUGGACCUUUGCACCAUGCCGGCUGCCGGCUCCGAGCUGCCGCUCCCGCCUUCGCCGCCCACGGCACAGCAGCAGGGUGCCGAGGCACGGCCGACCCACGGGGAGCUGCAGUACCUGGGGCAAAUCGAGCAGAUCCUGCGCUGCGGCUUUCGGAAGGAGGACCGCACGGGCACCGGCACCCUGUCGGUGUUCGGCAUGCAGGCACGCUACAACCUGAGAGAUGAAUUUCCUCUGCUGACAACCAAACGUGUAUUCUGGAAGGGUGUCUUGGAGGAGCUGCUGUGGUUUAUCAAGGGAUCCACAAAUGCUAAAGAACUGUCUGCCAAGGGAGUGAAAAUCUGGGAUGCAAACGCUUCCCGAGAAUUUCUGGACAGCCUUGGAUUCUCAACCAGAGAGGAGGGGGACCUGGGUCCAGUUUAUGGCUUCCAGUGGAGGCAUUUUGGGGCAGAAUACAAAGAUAAAGAUUCAGAUUACUCCGGCCAAGGAGUAGACCAGCUGCAAAAAGUGAUCGAUACCAUCAAAACCAACCCUGAUGACCGCAGAAUCAUCAUGUGUGCCUGGAAUCCUAAAGACCUUCCUCAGAUGGCCCUGCCCCCAUGCCAUGCUCUCUGCCAGUUCUACGUAGUGAACGGCGAGCUGUCCUGCCAGUUGUACCAGAGGUCGGGAGACAUGGGCCUGGGCGUGCCCUUCAACAUUGCCAGCUACGCCCUGCUCACCUACAUGAUUGCGCAUGUCACUGGACUGAAGCCAGGUGACUUUGUACACACUCUGGGAGAUGCACAUGUUUACCUGAAUCACAUCGAGCCACUCAAAGUGCAGCUUCAGCGAGAGCCAAGACCUUUCCCAAAGCUCAAAAUCCUUCGAAAAGUUGAGACGAUUGACGAUUUCAAAGCUGAAGAUUUUCAGAUUGAAGGGUAUAACCCACAUCCCACCAUUAAAAUGGAAAUGGCUGUUUAGUGUG